CAAAGUGGAACCAAAAGUUGAAGAUGAAAAUGUUUUUCAAGAAGCUCCUUUUCUCAAGGAAAUGAAUACACAGUAUGCUCCUCAUAUGAGUAGGCUAAUCGUACACCAUUCAUGUUCAAUCCAGUGCCCGCCUGAGGAAACCCCCAACAUACGCCUUCAAACCAGUGUACUCCUUUUCCCUCUGCUCAACUCUCUCUCUCUCUCUCUCUCUAUAUCCAUUGCAGUGUAAAGAUUCAAUUUUUCAUUCAACAUUAACCAUACAAAAGGACUGAGUCUUGCGGUUGUUCAGUAGUGAACGGGGAAGCUUCAGCUCCCCAAGUUUCAGAUAGCCCCACCAUAACAGGAUCCAAUCCCUUCAACUCUGAAAUGGCUCGGAGAGCUUCUGCAAUUGUUCAUUCACCUUCGUUGGGUUUCCCCCAUGAAAGUGCAGAGAAGCUUUAUGAAGCAUACAAUGAGCUCCAUAGCCUUGCACAAGACUUCCACACCCCAUUUGAUGCUCCUGCCAUCCUUGUUGUGGGUCACCAAACUGAUGGAAAGAGUGCUCUGGUUGAAGCUUUGAUGGGCUUUCAGUUUAACCAUGUAGGUGGGGGCACCAAAACCAGAAGACCCAUCACUCUUCACAUGAAAUAUAAUGCUUUGUGUGAGGAGCCUGCUUGCCAUCUCUUAUCUGAGAGUAACCCACCUCAAGCUGUGGAGAAAAGCUUGGAAGAAAUCCAAGCUUACAUUGAAGCUGAAAACAUGAGACUUGAGUGCGAGGCAUGUCAAUUCUGGGCAAAAGAAAUAAUAAUUAGAAUAGAGUACAAAUACUGCCCCAAUUUGACUAUAAUUGACACGCCAGGUCUUAUUGCUCCAGCCCCAGGUCGUAAGAAUAAACUGUUGCAGGUACAGGCCCGUGCGGUGGAGGCCCUUGUGCGUGGUAAGAUGCAGCAUAAAGAGUUUAUCAUACUUUGUCUUGAGGACUGCAGUGAUUGGAGCAAUGCCACUACACGGAGGGUGGUCAUGCAGGUUGAUCCAGAACUUUCAAGGACUGUGGUGGUUUCCACAAAACUGGACACAAAAAUCCUGCAGUUUGCCCGAUCAUCAGAUGUGGAAGUUUUUCUGAAACCACCUGCUCGCACAUUUGAUUUUAGCAUCUUGGGUGAUGCUCCCUUCUUUACUUCUGUACCCUCUGGGAGAGUGGGUUCAGGACCUGAAUUUGUCUACAGAUCAAAUGAUGAGUUCAAACAGGCUGUGUCCUUGAGAGAGUUGCAGGAUGUUGCUUCUCUUGAGGAGAAGUUGGGUCGUCCUCUGUCAAGGGAUGAAAGAUGUAGAAUAGGACUUAGUAGCCUCCGACUCUUCUUGGAAGAAGUGCUGAGGAAGAGGUAUAUGGACAGUGUCCCAUUAGUUAUUCCUCAGCUUGAGAAGGAGCACCGAAGUACAACAAGAAAGUUGUCUGAGAUUAAUCAGGACCUCAGCAAUGUUGAUGAAGUAAAGCUGAAGGAGAAGGGACGUCUUUUUCAGGAUGCUUUCCUAACCAAGCUCUCAUUGUUGUUGAAGGGCACGGUUGUGGCUCCCCCAGAUAAAUUUGGUGAAACGCUACAAGAUGAGAGAGUUAAUGGAGGGGAUUUCUUAGGAACUGAUGGGCUUCAAAUACCUUAUAAACUAAUGCCUAAUGCAGGGAUGCGACUUUAUGGUGGUGCUCAGUAUCAUAGGGCAAUGGCAGAGUUUCGUUUUGUGGUCGGAGGGAUCAAGUGUCCAACAAUCACAAGAGAGGAAAUUGUCAAUGCCUGCGGAGUUGAAGAUAUUCAUGAUGGGACAAACUAUUUCAGGACUGCUUGUGUGAUUGCUGUUGCAAAGGCUCGUGAUUCUUUUGAACCAUUUCUUCAUCAGUUGGGCUUUAGGCUCUUACACAUUUUGAAGAGGCUCUUUCCUAUCUCUGUUUAUCUCUUGAAGAAAGAUGGUGAAUACUUGAGUGGCCAUGAUAUGUUUUUAAAGCGUGUCGAGACAGCCUUUAAUACUUUUGCGGAAUCAACUGAACGGGCAUGUCGUGAAAAAUGUAUGGAGGAUCUAGUGAGCACUACACGUUACGUUACUUGGUCCCUUCAUAAUAAGAAUCGUGCUGGAUUAAGGCAGUUCUUAGAUUCAUUUGCCAGUAGUGAACACUCUAUCCCAAAUGGGUCAUCCAUGACAAGUACAGCUGCUGCCUCUAUAGAUUCUUUGGCUGGAUCGGGCAUGAGUGAUAACAGGCAUGAUAAUAAAUCAAGGGUAGAUGCAAGACUUAACCAAUUAAUUCCAGGACUUGAAUCAAAUACUUGUCUUCAAACACCUGAGACAAGACUCGUUGACCUUCUUGACAGCACCCUAUGGAAUCGGAGGCUUGCACCUUCAUCUGAAAGGAUUGUAUAUGCUUUGGUACAGCAAAUUUUUCAAGGGAUAAGAGAACAUUUUCUGGCAUCCUCAGAAUUAAAGUUCAACUGCUUCCUCCUCAUGCCAGUAAUCGACAAGUUGCCGGCACUUCUGCGAGAAGACUUGGAAUCUGCAUUUGAAGAUGACUUGGAUAGUGUGUUCAAUAUCAUGCACCUAAGACACUCGCUUCAACAGAGAAAAAGAGAAACCGAGAUAGAGCUUAAAAGGAUUCAGAGACUCAAAGAGAAAUUCAAGGUGAUCCAUCAGCAAUUGUCAUCCCACCACCCUGAGGAUAUAACCAGUAGUUUCCCACUGUUAAACCUCAGUGAAAGCCAAAGCACAUAGAUGCAUGCAAUCACAAAAUGUGGGGCUUUGGACACAGAUUGCCUUGAUACUCUCAUUUCCACAUUUUGGGUGCAUAUUUCAUACUCUCUCCCUCAUAUGAAAAAUGUGGUAGAAGACAGCAGGAAGGCUUUUGGGUUGCUACAAGGAAAACCAGAAAACCGUUAUAUAAACACUUCAUAUGUAAUUUGUGCUGUGAAAAGAUUUGAACUCUCCCUUUUGAGGUAAAGGUAAGCAUUAUAUCACUCAGCACACCAAAUGGGGAUAACACAGGUUGCAAAAUUGAAAAUUAUUUUGUGGGAUCAUAUACAAUUAGUCCAGUUACUUUUCGGAUA